AUGAGAACAACUGAUGUUUGUCAGAGCUACCUUUACUGCGUAGAACAAGACUGGCAACAAGAAAAUUUACCCGCAUCUACUGCUAUUAAUCCAGACACUGAUGACGACAUCGACACCACGGUUGAUGGCAAUGAAGAGAUCGCUAGCCUAUGGAACCACACUACAGGAAAGCCUAUCUCCUCUGGAGAUUGCAUCGUCAUGAAACCUGAAGAUCCCAAUACUCACCCCUUACCAAAAUGGGAUAUCAUGAAAAUGCAGUGGUGUCUCCAAAAAGCCGCAGCUAUAGAUGGAACUGCUGAUGUCUACGACGAUAAUGAUGACGAUGACGAUAAUUUUCGAGAGGACGAGGACGAUGCUCGCACAGGAGAAGAAUUUCGUUCUUCGGCCCCAACUUCUGUGUCUUCUCCAAAGGCAACUACUGUUAUCGGUGCCAAUGCUUCACUCGAUAUCAUUGGCGAACCCUCAACGGAUCUGUUGGGCCAGCGAGGUAUGAAGUUGGCAAGUAACCAGGACAUACCCCCAGGUGCUUCAGGGGACCCAGCCCCAGAGCGCUGCGAAAAUGCACCCACUGGUGAUACUUUGAUGACUGGUGUUAGAGCUGACUAG